CAGACCUUGAGGUUCGCGCUACAUUCGGUUGUUAAUUUUGGCGUGACAAGCGUGAAGAGUGUCUUUUCCGCAACAUGGGUGACUGGGACGAUGAAGAUGAGAGUGAUUUUGUUGCCAAACAAGUGAAGGUUGAUUGGGACGACGAGGAAGAUAAUGCUGUUCCUGAUUCUUGGGAUGCAGAACCAUCUAAAGAUUCAGAGACAACUAAAACAGUUGCUCCUGCUAAGUUAUCGUUAUCUGAGCGCCUGAAACUAAAAGAAGAACAGAAAAGAAAGGAAAGAGAAGAGAAAUUGCGAAGGGAGGAGGAAUUAAGACUUUCUCAACCUGUGACAGAAUUACAGCGUGAAAAACUUGCCGAAGAAGCAGAACUCGGGUUGUUAAAAGAUACAUUUGGUCCUUCUACUGUCCAGAGUAACGAUAAAGAAACAAUCGAUUCAUGUUGUCCAAAAACGAAGGAAGAUUUCAAUCACCUACACUCACUACUUGCGGCUAAGAUCACAACUAUACAGAAAUCCCCUCAUUUCACAGCGUUUGCUGAGAGUUUGAUUCGUGACCUUGUGAUUGAAAUGGAAGUUGAUGCCCUCCGAACAGUAAAUACUGUAAUAAAUGCGUUAAUCAAUGAGAAACAAAAGCUUGUUAAGAGCAAAACAAAGAAGAAAACGAAAGGUAAAUUAUUAGUGGAAAGAGAAAAUGAUUAUCAGUUUGGUGUUGAUGAUGCUCUCCCAGAUGAGUAUGAUGAUUUUAUGUGAGAAUGGGCAAUUAAACAUCAUUGUUUUUUAUGAAAAAUUAUUUCCCUCUCAAUAACCAUCUCUGUCAUUGUUUUUUUUCACGCCUUGUUAUUUCUUCAAUAAAAAUGGAACAACUAUUUUUUUACACCAGUAGUGUGUAAUCAAGGAAUAGGUAUGCUCUAACUGCUUGAAUUGAUAUAUGGUUUGUACAUUGAGAUUUGUGCAUACUAUAGUUCUGUACUGUUAUCUAAAUAUGUACGAUUUACUUUUCUUGUACAUUCUCGCCCAUGGUAUCUUUUACAUAGUCAUAUGUUUCUUUUUCUAAAUUAUGAAGCUCAGUAUGGUGUUAAUCGAAGACAAUUUAGUAGUAUGUAGGAACAGAAAUUUUGAUCUCCUACUCAGAAUACUCUUCCUUUUCUUUUUCCUUAACACUCUAUUUUAAAUGUAGGUCCGGGUAUUUUUACUUUAUUUAUUUAGAUUUCGAAUUCUGUAAUUGCACUAAAUUUUUGCUCUAUGAAUUUUACACAUGAAAAGAAACAUAACAACUAACGAAAACUAGAAAACGCUCACACAUGUUAAAAAAAUAAACGGAAUACCGACCCAUAUUUCUUCUGCUUUCCAAGUAAAAUCUUGAAUAUUCGUUUGGUUGCACUUUGUUAUAUUUAUUUGGUGAUUGUUAGAUUUUAGGUAAAAUAAUAUGUGAAAGUAAAACUGGUUAA